AUGCUCUUCUCACUUUUCUUUCUCAGCAGAAAAGAAAGCCCCAUAAUAUCAGAAAACCAAACAAAAUUCACUGAUUUUAUUCUCCUGCGAUUUUCUGAAAAACCAGAACAGCAGGGGACUCUCUUUGGGCUGUUCUUUGGCAUGUACUUGGUCACAGUGAUUGGAAAUCUGCUCAUAAUUUUGGCCAUUGGCUCUGACUCUCACCUUCAUACCCCCAUGUACUUCUUCCUUUCCAACUUAUCCUUUGCAGAUUUCUGUAUGGUAUCUACCACAGUCCCCAAUAUGUUGGUAAGUAUCUUGUUAGAAAACAAGGCCAUCACCUAUGUUAACUGCCUUGCUCAGAUGUAUUUCUUUAUGGUUUUUGGUUGUAUGGACAAUUUUCUCCUUACUGCAAUGGCCUAUGACCGUUUUGUGGCUAUCUGUCAUCCCCUACGCUAUUCGGCCAUCAUGAAUCCUAGUCUGUGUUGCCUGCUGGUGCUGCUUUCUUGGAUAAUAAGCCUUCUAGAUUCCCUUCUUCACACUCUGAUGGUAAUAAGGCUCUCCUUCUGUACAGAUCAUGAAAUUCAGCACUUCUUUUGUGAUCUUGCUGAGGUUCUGAAACUCUCUUGUUCUGACACCCUAAUGAAUUACAUUUUGAUUUACAUUUUAGCUGGACUGUUGGCUAUUCUCCCCAUCACAGGGAUCCUUUUCUCUUAUAUCCAGAUUUGUUCUUCCAUUUUGAAAAUCCCAUCAGCUCGGGGCAAGUAUAAAGCCUUUUCCACCUGUGGAUCUCACCUUUCUGUUGUUUCCUUAUUCUAUGGCACAGGACUUGGAGUGUAUUUGAGCUCCUCCACUACCUAUUCUUCCUGGAAGAGUACAGUAGUCUCGUCCAUGUACUCUGUGGUCACCCCCAUGUUGAAUCCAUUUAUUUAUACACUAAGGAAUAAGGACAUAAAAGAUGCCCUUAGGAAACUAAUUAGCAGAACAGUUUCCUCUCAGUGA